UGACUCAUUUAUAUCAUAACGCGUCAGGUACUUUUAGUGCCAUUUAUUCGCAGUUUACCUGAGAAAGACGUUUGCUUUUUUGAGUAAUGGUAUUAAGCUAUGGAGGCUGCCAUCCACAGUAAACCGUUACAUCUACUCAUGCUCUUAGGGAUAUUGUUUAACCAUAAUGUGGUCUCUUCGCGGGCGACCCGCGUUCAAGUUCGUUUAGUUAAUGGCACAAACAUCUGGGAAGGAAGAGUUGAGGUACUUCACCAAGGCGUCUGGGGCACAGUGUGUGACGAUGAUUGGGACAUCAAUGACGCCCGAGUUGUUUGCACAAUGCUUGGGUACGGAGUCAAGUCUGCGGUCGGUCAAGCGCGGUUUGGUCAGGGGUCUGGACAAAUAUGGAUGGACGAUGUUCGCUGUACUGGCACCGAAAAAGAUUUAGCGUCGUGUCGGUUUCUAGGAUGGGGGAAACAUAACUGCGGCCACAGCGAAGAUGCGGGGGUCAUAUGUGUUAAUUUGGUUCUCGCCCGCAUGGUCGAUGGCCCGGUACCAUUUGCUGGCCGGGUAGAGCUGAACUUCAAGGGACGUGGCUGGGGUACAGUAUGUGAUGAUGGACAACAGUGGGGAAUGAACGAAGCCAAUGUUAUUUGCAAAUCUCUGGGAUACCCUGGCGCAGUAGCCUCCUCGUCCAGAGCCCGCUAUGGCCCAGGAAACGGCACUAUAUGGCUAUCAAAUGUCACAUGUACCGGUGCAGAAUCCUCUCUUCAGUCAUGCUCACAUAGCGGAUGGGGCACACCCUCCUGCGAUCACGCGACGGACGUUGGUGUGUCUUGCAUUCCUGUUUCGUCGCGAGCAUAA